GGGACGUCGGAAGGUGAGGUUGGGAAGGUGGCCAAGUGCCCCUGCUGCUGGGGCCCUUCCCAGUGCUCCCUCAGGGCCUCAGUCCCAGCCCUGUUUGCCCCCACCCUACCCCCUUUUCGAAGCGAUUGCUUUUUUUUUCUCUGCUGCGGCGGAAAUGACAGUGUGGUGCUGCCUUGGUGUCAUGGUGCUGCCCCUGGAUUGAGGUGGUGAAAACUCUUAAGUUUGGCUCCGGAGCAUCGCAACCGCCUUGCUGUCCCUGGCGGGGCGCGCAGGAGGGCGGAUCCCAGCAGCUGCGCGGCGGCAGCGGCGAAGGCGAAGGCGGGCGGCGGCCUAGAGAGGCGGCGGUAGCGGUGGCGGCGGCGGCCCGGGAGCUCUCGCAGCAGCCAGAGCCAGAGGCAUCUCGCGGCGGAAGCAGGCGAGCGCCCUGCGCUCUAGGGCGCGCUCAGGAGAUGGCAGGCACGCGGAAACGCUCUGGGUGAAAGCCCAGCCUCUGUGGUUCUUAAUGCCUCAGCAGGAUUAUUUUCAAUAAAGAUGGAAACCCUGGAGUCUGAAUUGACCUGCCCAAUCUGCCUAGAGUUAUUUGAAGAUCCCCUUUUGCUCCCUUGUGCUCAUAGUCUCUGCUUCAGCUGUGCCCACCGCAUCUUGGUCUCCAGCUGCAGCUCUGGUGAAUCCAUUGAACCCAUUACUGCUUUCCAGUGUCCUACAUGCAGAUAUGUUAUCUCACUCAACCACCGGGGCCUGGAUGGCCUCAAGAGGAAUGUGACUCUGCAGAACAUUAUUGACCGCUUUCAGAAGGCUUCAGUCAGUGGGCCCAAUUCCCCAAGUGAGAGCCGCCGGGAGAGGACUUAUAGGCCCAGUACCACCAUGUCUAGUGAGAGAAUUGCUUGCCAAUUCUGUGAACAGGACCCACCAAGAGAUGCAGUGAAAACAUGCAUCACGUGUGAGGUCUCCUACUGUGAUCGUUGCCUGAGGGCUACACACCCCAACAAGAAGCCUUUCACCAGCCACCGCCUGGUGGAACCAGUGCCAGACACACAUCUUCGAGGGAUCACUUGCCUGGACCAUGAGAAUGAGAAAGUGAACAUGUAUUGUGUAUCUGAUGACCAAUUGAUCUGUGCCUUAUGCAAACUAGUGGGGCGUCACCGAGACCAUCAGGUUGCGUCCCUGAAUGAUCGAUUUGAGAAACUCAAGCAAACUCUAGAGAUGAACCUCACCAACCUGGUUAAGCGUAACAGCGAACUAGAAAAUCAAAUGGCCAAGCUAAUACAGAUCUGCCAGCAGGUUGAGGUGAAUACUGCUAUGCAUGAGGCAAAACUUAUGGAAGAAUGUGACGAGUUGGUAGAGAUCAUCCAGCAGAGGAAGCAAAUGAUUGCUGUCAAAAUCAAAGAGACAAAGGUUAUGAAACUGAGAAAGUUGGCACAGCAGGUUGCUAAUUGCCGCCAGUGUCUUGAACGGUCAACAGUCCUCAUCAACCAAGCUGAGCAUAUCCUGAAAGAAAAUGACCAAGCACGGUUUCUCCAGUCUGCAAAAAAUAUUGCUGAGAGGGUCGCUAUGGCAACUGCAUCUUCUCAAGUUUUGAUUCCCGACAUCAAUUUUAAUGAUGCCUUUGAAAACUUUGCUUUAGAUUUUUCCAGAGAAAAGAAAUUGCUAGAGGGGCUAGAUUAUUUAACAGCCCCAAACCCACCAUCUAUCCGAGAGGAACUCUGUACUGCCUCCCAUGAUACCAUUACAGUCCACUGGAUCUCGGAUGAUGAGUUCAGCAUCAGCUCCUAUGAGCUUCAGUACACCAUAUUCACUGGCCAGGCUAACUUCAUCAGUAAGUCAUGGUGUAGUUGGGGCCUGUGGCCAGAGAUAAGGAAAUGUAAGGAAGCAGUAAGCUGCUCAAGAUUGGCCGGGGCGCCACGAGGCCUGUAUAAUUCGGUGGAUAGCUGGAUGAUUGUUCCCAACAUUAAGCAGAACCAUUACACAGUGCAUGGACUCCAGAGUGGGACACGCUACAUCUUCAUUGUUAAAGCUAUAAAUCAAGCAGGCAGCCGUAACAGUGAACCUACCCGACUAAAAACAAACAGCCAACCCUUUAAACUGGAUCCCAAAAUGACUCACAAGAAGUUGAAGAUCUCCAAUGAUGGAUUGCAGAUGGAGAAGGAUGAAAGCUCUCUGAAGAAAAGCCAUACUCCAGAGAGGUUUAGUGGCACAGGGUGUUAUGGCGCAGCAGGAAAUAUAUUCAUUGACAGUGGCUGCCACUAUUGGGAAGUAGUCAUGGCUUCCUCAACAUGGUAUGCAAUUGGCAUUGCCUACAAAUCAGCUCCCAAGAAUGAAUGGAUUGGCAAGAAUGCCUCCUCAUGGGUUUUCUCUCGAUGCAAUAGUAACUUCGUUGUGAGACAUAACAACAAGGAAAUGCUGGUGGAUGUGCCCCCACAGUUGAAGCGCCUGGGUGUCCUUCUGGAUUAUGACAACAAUAUGCUGUCUUUCUAUGAUCCAGCUAACUCUCUGCAUCUUCAUACUUUUGAUGUGACCUUUAUUCUUCCAGUUUGUCCAACAUUCACAAUCUGGAACAAAUCCCUAAUGAUCCUGUCUGGCUUGCCUGCCCCAGAUUUUAUUGAUUACCCUGAGCGUCAGGAAUGCAACUGCAGGCCUCAAGAAUCCCCUUAUGUUUCUGGGAUGAAAGCUUGCCAUUAAAUUUCAAGAAAGCAUAUAAUUCUCUGGCUCUCCACUUCAGCAGUUCUUCCCCUCCUAAACUUCAGUUAGUGUCCAAUAUACAAGAUACCAAAUAAAGUUCAUUUGAAGCAUCCAAAAUAACUAGAUAUUAUAGCUUUAAUUUUUGUGCAUUAAAGCUCAUAUUUGAAGUAAUGUUUUGAGUUUCUUAGAACAAAUUAUCUGAGUAGUCUGGGUUCAAGCCAUUGGAGAACAAAUUUAGAAAAUACCUCUCUUGUCAUUAGAGAAUUAAAACUUCCCAGUGAUUUAUAAGUACAAAUGAUAUUGAAAGGAAUUAGGGUAAUUCUAGGUAAAUAGUGUAGAAUGAUGCUCUGAACAAGGGACUAGCCAGCUGGAAAUAGGGGUGUCAGCUUUUCUAGUGUUGGCCAAUUUGGCCCAGUAGAAUUUGAAAGUGUUAAAUGGUUACAUAUUAUAUAUAGCUUACAAUAAAAAUCUAUAAUCAAGGAUUUAUUAUGAAGAAAACAUAUAUGUAUAUAUAAUUAUAAAAUGAAUAAAUAUGUAUCAUUUAUUCAUUUUCUAGAUUUUAUAUACAUAAUCAACUUAAUUUGUUCAUUUGGGUCAAAAAUAUACUGGAAGGGGAAAUAAAUUAUACAAUUCAUUUCUGUCCCCUAUAGGGAACAACAAAAUCAGUCAACAUUAAUCCCUUCCCUCCAUUCAUCCCUUUUUUCUUCCUUACUGUCACACGCACAUUCACAUGCAAUAAUGACAUAGAUGGUAGGAAGAGCUCUAGGUUGGAUUAGGAGACAUUGAGGGACAAUACUACAUACAUACUAUUGCUAGAUAGAAAAUUGAUCCAGGUAGAAGUGUCACAUGUAGCACAGUUUCAUUGGUGCUACCUAAUAGAGGAGGUUUGUCUGAACUGUUAAAAAUUCUAUCACAGAAACAAGUUUUCUUUUAUUCCCAAGUACAUACAGUCACUAAAAUUAUGCAAAAAAAUAAUGGAGGUUCUUUAAGAACCUGCUUUGUUUACUUAAUCAGAAUGGAGUGUUAGGGAUACAACUAUUUGCAUAUAAAUGUACUUGAAUUUUCUUAAGAAUGCCUGAGGGGAGUGUGAAUGCUUGAGAACAGUUUGUUUUCUUAAACAGGCUAAAUAAUCAUUCCUUUUUGCAAUCUUGUUUACACUCUUUAUCUGCUUAGCUAACCCUUCAUUGCAAAUGCACUUAUAAACUUCAUCCCAGGCCUUAUUACUACCAUGGUCAAUUUCACUGCUGGAAUGGGGAUGUCAGAACCAGAGCUGUCUCUUUUCCAGGAGCUGAGUCUGCUUCAAGGAGUCUACUUUUCGGGAGUUGUAAAAACAUUACUGUUGUACCAAACUGUAGCUGUAACAAGCUCCCACAUUGGAGCCUUGAGUGUCCCAAAUUCUCGCCUCUUUCUUUCCACCACUUUGGUGGAUAUUCAUUUAUUAAUUCAGUCAAUGAACUACUUACUAGAUGCCAGGUACCACACUGCCACUGAAAUACUGAUAAAACCUAGUCCCUGCUGUCAAAUGGCUUACUGUAGCUAUAUACAUCCCCUAAAGGACACUUUUGUAUUGUUUGUUCAACUAACGUGGAAAGCAAGAUGGAGGCAGAUGCAAAUGGCUGGCUCAGACUUACAUAUCUAGUGGCAAAGUGAGCUUUUUGGUUUAAAAAACCAUAUGUACUUACUGCUAAUCAGGAAAUGAACAACCUCAGUAAGAUUCUGGGAAAUAGCUUGCUCUAAUGGGGAGCUCAUAGCCUUUGUACUAAAAUAACCUAGUUUCUCUGCAAUUAAUUAGCAGUAUGGCCAAGAGCAACAAUUUCACUUCUCUGAGACUCUGUUUCCUCUUUUGUAAAAUACCUACCUAACAAGGCUUUUGCAAAGAUUUAAAAAGAUAGCACAUGUUGCCCUGGCCAAGUGGCCCAGAGUGUCGUCCUUACAUCAAAAGGUUGCAGGUUCGAUUCCCAGUCAGACCACAUAACCUAUGUUUCAGGUUCAAUCCCCAGCCAGGGCAUGUACUGGAGGCAACCUAUCAAUGUUUCUCUCUCACAUCAACAUUUCUCUCUCUUCCUCUCUUUAUUCUUUCCUCUCUAAAAUCAAUAAACAUAUCCUCAGGUGACAAUUUUAAAAAAGCACACGUAAACUGCUUAGCACAACCCAUGGCAUUAAGUAUAAUGAUUAUUAAGCUUCUCCCCACUGCCUCGCCCAGCCCCUGCCCCAGUAGAGUGUAGUGGUGCUUAAAAAUGUAUGCCUUUCAUUUCUAAGUUACUCUGGUCUCUCCUUUAUGGCCUAUCCCCCAAUUCUUAAACAAAGCAAGUGAUUUCUUACCUUAAUAAAAACUUUCACUGCCCUUUCUUCCAUAACAUUCAGUAGAAGGUCCCAAUUACUGAGGGUUUGGCUUUUUAAGUCUCUGUGUGUUUUCCUAGCUUCAUCUUUUGUCACUUUCCCCCUCACACUGGUUACCCUAGCCAACCUUAACUAUUUACACAAGUUGUUCUUUGAGCCUGGAACAGAGACAUUGUAACAAUUUUGAUGCCCACAGGAAGUAAACGGUAGGAAUUGUUCUUAAGGGAAUAGAAUGAAACUGCUAAAAGUGAAAAACACUCCACCUCCACCUCAGUCCAAUUUCCUGUACCUUGUCUUGGGUCUCCCACGCCAUUCAUUUUUUGUGCCCUUUGGAUUUUAGUGUCCUGAGACAAAGCUUAAACUUCCCCAUCUUACUUUUGAUCCUAGCCUGGGCUACCUUUCACACCUCCUAAUCAGAUUAACUCUCGGCCUCUAGACAGGGUUAUGUUCUCUUCAGAGCUCCCAUGGCACUCUGAGCAUCCUUAUGGCCUCGGUGAUAAUCAUAUUAGAUAGCAAUGCUUUUCAGAGUGUGGGCCUUAUAUCAUUUGUUAGAAUCACUUUUGGUGUUUGAUAAAAUAAUUGAUUCAUAGAUCCCAGCCCUGAUCUACUUAAUUAGAAUAUCUAGACACAUGGGUGGAAUUUUACAUUUUUAACAAGCUUUCCAGGUAAUUCUGAUGCACACACAAAUUUAAUGUAUAACAAUCAAAUUCUGUAUUAGACUAUGAAUACCUUGAGGGCAGGGUCUAUGUCUUUUGUUUUUGUUGUAUUUUUCACACCUGAGAUAGUGUGUGGAACAGAGUAGUUGCCUAAUGUUUAUUGAACAAACGAACAAAUGAAUGAAUGAAUGAAUGAAUGAUCAACGUUGUACUCUGAUAUCCAUAUUAGUGUUUGUUGUUUCCUGGGCAGAAAAGCUUGGGCUUUUCCAUUUUGGCUAUACUGAUAAUAUUUUGCAGAUGUCCCACGACUUAUAUGCAUAAAUGAGUACGAGUAUUGUCCUCCUCAAAAGCUCUUUGGAAGUUGGCUUGGAGAAUUGUCUGGAGCAUGUGGCACCAUUCUAUUCAAUCACUUUUCAAUAUUUUUCAAAUUCGUUCUUUGAAAGUAGAUUUAAAUUUUGGUUACAACCAAAAAUCAAAGCUAAGCCUACUGAAUAAAGUAGGAAAUGAAAUUGGGCUUGGGAUAAACAAUUAAAUUGCUGAGCCAAAUAAUGAAACGAUAAUUGCUUUCCAAGAGACAACAUGGUGACAAAGUACUCAGUGGGGGUGUGAUGAGUCCCAGAUACUUCAGUAAACUUAAGACUUUCAUAGGAUACUGGUAAUGCCAGGGACCUUAAAAGACAUCAUUGACCACCUUUAGCUGAACCCAGUUGAACAAAGGAAAUAGGACCUGUUUAACAUCAAGGAAGGUAACUCCAUAAAUUUUCGUUGCUCUUGUUCUACUCAGUUUAUUCCCCCACAAUCCUUUCUGCUAGCAAAUUGUUCUAUCUGUCUGCAAUUUAUGCUUAUUUCCACUUUUGUACUGUCUUACUGAAGAAAGCACAAAAAUAAAAUAUAAAGUUAAACCUGUUUCGAGUAUAUGAAAGAAAUUUUAAUGCCACAUUGGAGUUCUGGCUACUUGUAAGUAAGAGUAACUGCAUCUGUUUUUAUCAUGUAUUUCCAUUGUGUAACUUUGAAUGCAGUGACAUUCAGAUUGCAGCAAAAUCAUUUACAUAUUCUUUCGAGCUGAAAUACACUAGGUGAAUUUUCUAAGCUUCCAUGGUUUACAUAUUUAUACAUGGACUACCUGGAUGGAAUAAUCCAUGGAUGGACUUUUUGAUAAGCUCCAAUAUUUGACAUUCUUUCCUCGACAGAAUGGAGAAUGUGAUGCUGACAGACAAGAACCACUCCCACAAGUGUUUCAAUUCCUAAAGCCAAUUGCAGCUUUGGAUCCAUUGGGCUGUAUUUGGCUGUGUAUUAUAGGUUGACUGUCAUCAGGUCAGGUAAAACUGCUUUUUAUGGUCUAAUCUGCCAUUCAUACAUAUGCUGUGUUGUUGGCUAAAAUAUUUAUUAGACUAUUGUUGGAAUAUUUUUAAUGUUUUUUUAUUGAUUUUAGAGAGAGAGGAAGGGAAAGGGAGAGAGAGAUGGAAACAUCGAUGUAUCAACAUUGAUAAGCUGCCUCCUGAACAUCCCCAGCUGGGAAUUGAGCUCACAGCCCCGGCAUGUGCCUUGAGAGGGAAUGGAACUAGCAAGCUCUUGGUGCAUGGAUCAACGCUCAACCAUGGAGCCACACCAGCCGGACAUAUUGUUAGAAUAUUUUUAAUCAAAUAUUUUACCCAUGGCUUGUUUGUACUGGGAGCUCUGGACCAAUAGCUUCUCUCCUAGUAUAGAAAUCUGAGCAUCUGUAGAUUACACAGCCUCAUCCCUUAAAACAUCCCAGCCCAUCCAAAAUACUAUAUUAUGAAUUAAAUAAAUAUAUAUGUAUUAAUGA